AUGUGCUACAAGGUCCUGUGCUGUAAGGUCCUGUGCUACAAGGUCCUGUGCUACAAGGUCCUGUGCUACAAGGUCCUGUGCUACAAGGUCCAGUUUUACAAGGUUCUGUGCUACAGGUCUUGUGCUACAAAGUCCUUUGCUACAAAGUCCUGUGCUACAAGGUCCUGUGCUACAAGGUCAUGUGUUAAAAGGUCAUGUUCUAGAAGGUCAUGUGCUACAUGGUCCUGUGCUACAAGUCCUGUGGUACAAGGUCCUGUGCUACAAGGUCCUGUGCUACAAGGGAAUGUGCUACAAGGUCCUGUUUUACAAGGUCCUGUGCUACAGGUCUUGUGCUACAAGGUCCUUUGCUACAAGGUCCUGUGCUACAUGGUCAUGUGCUACAAGGUCAUGUGCUAUAAGGUCAUGUGCUAUAAGGUCCUGUGCUACAAGGUCCUGUGCUACAAGGUCCUGUGCUACAAGGUCCAGUUUUACAAGAUUCUGUGCUACAGGUCGUGUGCUACAAAGUCCUUUGCUACAAAGUCCUGUGCUACAAGGUCCUGUGCUAGAAGGUCAUGUGUUAUAAGAUUCAUGGACCCCAGGAAGGCCGUCUCCAUCGUGCUGGCUGCGUGUCUGUCAUCACAAUUUACUGCCAGACGGGCCAUCGCCAGACGCUACAUCGCCAGACGCUAA